CUGAGGAAGCUGAUGUGUUAUUCCCUCUCUGCAUCGAAGGAGCAGGAAGUUUGUGCUCUCUGCGUGGCUGAGAAGUUUUUCACCUACUCGUACCGGACUGGGUUAAGGAGGGAAACAGGUGCCCUCCAAAAAUAGAGUGCGAACUGCAGCCUACGUCCCACUGCGGCCCCGGAGCAACGUCAGGUGAGAAUGACCACAUUAACUCACCGGACCCGUCGAACUGAAGUCAGUAAGAGCUCUGAAAAGAAAGUAGAAAGUGAGGAAGACACUAAUCAAGAAAGGAGUCCAGAUAAUGAAGACCCUGGAGACUCUAAGGAUAUCCGCCUCACUCUUAUGGAAGAAGUAUUGCUCCUGGGACUAAAAGAUAAAGAGGGCUACACAUCUUUCUGGAAUGAUUGUAUAUCCUCUGGGCUUCGAGGAGGCAUCUUGAUAGAGCUGGCCAUGCGGGGUCGAAUCUAUCUGGAACCUCCCACCAUGCGUAAGAAGCGACUCCUAGACAGAAAGGUCCUGCUAAAGUCAGACAACCCAACAGGUGAUGUCUUGCUGGAUGAAACUCUCAAACACAUCAAAGCAACUGAGCCAACAGAAACUGUCCAGACAUGGAUAGAGCUACUCACUGGUGAGACGUGGAACCCCUUCAAAUUACAGUACCAACUUAGAAAUGUGCGAGAGCGAAUUGCCAAGAAUCUAGUGGAGAAGGGUAUUCUAACCACAGAGAAGCAGAAUUUCCUGCUGUUCGACAUGACCACUCAUCCAGUGACCAAUACAACAGAGAAACAGCGACUAGUGAAAAAACUUCAAGACAGUGUGCUAGAACGGUGGGUAAACGACCCUCAGCGAAUGGACAGGCGAACGCUGGCACUCCUGGUUCUGGCCCAUUCCUCCGAUGUGCUAGAGAAUGUCUUCUCCUGUCUGACAGAUGACAAAUAUGAUGUAGCAAUGAAUCGAACCAAGGACCUUGUAGAACUGGACCCCGAAGUGGAAGGGACAAAGCAUAACGCCACAGAGAUGAUCUGGGCUGUGCUGGCAGCCUUCAACAAAUCCUAGAGCCAGCAGGCUGCUGACUGCAGAGACCCCGUCACUGAGCUUUGUGUAAUAAGAUAUUGUCAUCACUAUUUCCUCUAUUUUGAAUCAGGCCCAUGACUUGGGGAGGACAACCUCAGGGCCUCUUCAUGGGCCAUGACCAGUCUAAGCAGACUGUUUUCUCCUCGUACUUCCAUUCCAUAUCCGAAUGAAAGGGGUGAGCUCACAUACAUCCAAUAAAUAUCUCCCAUUUCUGGGUUUACUUUUAACCAUUGUACUUUUGGAUCAACAGGAGUAUCUACAUGGGGAUUAGAGCUUUCCAGCAACAAAAUGUGAAGAUGAAGAGUAAACUGUAUAUUUAUUCUUUUCACCCUUAUUUUUUCUCCCUUAUCACAUUUUCUCAGCCUUUAUCUUUCUGACACUGGUACACAAUGAUACUUACUGACAUCACUGUCUCUUUAAAUGAAGGGCAGUAGAAGAAAUAAGACUAAUUUUUGAAGCAAAUGGUCCCUGAGAUUGUACCUCCUGCCUGUGAUUUUCUCAUCUUCAUCUAAUGAAAACACUCCAAGUUUGAUGACCUGACUCCCAUAGUUCUAGAAGCAGAAAUGUAUUCCACGAUCUAUUUUAGCACUAUCUUUCCUACUUCCACAAUCAUUAAAACAAAGUCUGAAUUUAAAAAGAAAUGUGCCUCAGUCACCUCUUUCAUGCAGCCAGUAUUAGAACUUGUAGGAAAGGGAGGCAACAGAAAAAUUCUCAUCUUUGAAGUCGGGUGUUGGGGGACACACUUGGGAGCUGGUGGUGGAAGGGUCUGGAGCUGACGAUCAGCCUUAGCUAGUGUAGUAAGUUCAGGGCUAUAUGAGACUAUCUCUCACUCAAAAAUUAAAGUCUUUUCUUCUUUUAGCAUAUGUCUCUACUAUGAUUAAAUUAAAGGAAUUGUACGUUUCAGUUCCCAGAUAACAGCACAAGGUAGCCAAACUCCAUAUCUACAUAAUCCCUGUUUUUAUUUCCUGUAUAAAUUGAUAAACUCCCUAUAUUUAAGAACUUUGACAAUAAUUCCGUUUAUAUUUAAUCUACAGAUACCCUCCAAAUUGUGUCUUCUUUCAACACAGCCAUCAUUUUAGCCAAAUCUCUUGAAAUGUUUUUGCUUCAGUAAGGGUGAAGAGAGACUUUGUUAGAAGAGAUGCUAUUUAGAUGGGUAGUUGGGUGUCAAUGGCAACUGAUACAAAGCCUAGGUUUAGGGGCUUUGAAGAGGCCAGCACUGGAUUGUGCUGAUUUCAAGCUCUCUGUUGACUGCUGGGGAGAAACAGGCUGCCACACAACCAAUACAGGUGACUCGAACUCAUACCAAAUCCUCGUAUUCGGAAGUAAAUUGCUCUAACUUCAUCUCCCUGAACCUACCUAGAUCCGUGAAAGUUUUCUAAUUCAUUUUUAUUGUUUUCAUUUCAUGUAUCUCUUAGAUAAGUUGUAAUUUGAGAAGCAAGUAGAGUCUUAGUCUGGCUUUCUAUAGAAGUACAAAGCCAGCCCAUGUGAUAUCUAGCGGCUUAGCUUGUCUUCCCAUUGGAACAAUUCAACAUGAAUUGAAACCAGGUUUUCCUGUGGAAAACUUCAGCUGAUUGGGGGGAUAGAAGUUGAGUGCUUUCUUGCAACUCUUCAGUGUUUAUUUUUAUAUGUCCAUAAAAUGAGAAUGUCUUCACUUCAAAUCUGUAUAAUGUUCACUGCCAAACACUCAUGUAGUGUAUGACUGCCAUCACAUUUCUGUAUAAUAAAGAUAAAGUAGUCAUGCC